AUGGACGACUAUGCGCCCAGUCGUUAUAAAAUGCAAGAUAAAAUUGGUGAAGGUGUUCACGGUUGCGUGUUCAAGGCCAUCGAUUUGCAGCGCAACGUGGAGGUGGCCAUCAAGAAGGUCGCAUUGAAGAACAAAUUUGGCAACAUAUCCUUGAGUACGCUGCGCGAAAUAAAAACACUUCAACUGUGUAAUUCGGAAUAUAUAUUAAACAUUAUCGAGAUAUAUCCCGAUCUCACUGGCCUUUCGCUGGUGUUAGAGUACAUGCCGGACACACUGUAUAGUCGACUGAAAAGCGAAGUGAAUCCGUUGAGCCGCCAGCAGGUGCGAAAAUAUGCCCUGAUGAUGUUCAAAGGCAUGGCAUACCUGCAUGAGGCGGGCAUUAUGCACAGGGACAUCAAACCCGCCAAUUUGCUAAUCAGUCAUACGGAUGUCCUGAAGAUUGCCGACUUUGGCUUAGCGCGCCUGUACUUCCCCGAAGAAGAGUCACGCCUUUAUUCGCCACAAGUAUCCACGAGGUGGUAUCGUGCACCCGAAAUACUCUGGGGCAGUCAGAAAUAUGGACCUGCCGUCGACUUGUGGGCAUGCGGAAAUGUGUUGGCCGAAAUGCUACGCGGCGUACCGCUCUUUGCAGGCACAACAGAUAUCGAGCAAUUGGCGAUUAUAAUACGUACGUUGGGAAGCCCGCGGCUAAACGAAUGGCCAGAGCUUACAGCGCUGCCGGAUUACAGUAAAAUAAGGUUUCCCAAUUCGGUGGGCGUACGUUGGGACAAUCUGUUUCCAAGCUGCACACAUGCUGUUGAAAUUGAUUUGGUCUCGAACCUAGUCGUAUAUAAUCCAAAGAAUCGUCUUAAGGCCACCGAGGUGAGCGCUGAAUUAACAACAAACAAGUGA